UCGUCGAGAAACAAAUCGUCGCAUAUCGCUGCGAGGUUACGUAUUUUAAUGUGACGGAGGAAGCAAAUUGUGAUGCGGUUCACUUGACACCGGCGACGCGGAGGAAUUUAGUCAGAAGGAACGAAAAGAAACAUCUACCAGGAAGUUAACUUGAAGAAGGAAACGUAGUUGGAACUUGAACGUAUUAAACUCUUACAUUUUAUACCAGGUCUUAAAAAAGGUCUUAAGUGAACGCAACAAGGUUAAAUUAAAAGUUGGACCGCCAAUUUACGGGCAAGAGGACCUUUGCUUCCAACAAGAUGGACUAUGAUCCGGAGCGAGGAGGAAUCGAGGACGCACCAGAGCCCAAGGACAAGGUCCAGAACCUGAAGGACCAGGUGGAUGGAGUGAAGAACAUCAUGACGCAGAAUGUUGACCGGAUCCUGGCGCGAGGAGAGAGGCUGGACGACCUCAUGGGCAAGUCAGAGGAUCUACAAGCGGGGGCUCAGAACUUCAAGCAGACUUCUCACAAAGUGGCCCGGUCCUACUGGUGGAAGAACGUCAAGCUGAUCGUCGUCAUCGUGGUGGUCGUGCUCAUCAUCGUCCUCAUCAUCAUCCUGCUGGCCACCGGAGUCAUUCCCGUCAGCGCGCCUGUGGGUCCUGUAGUCACUCCCACCAAGAAACCGUGAAGGCACACAACGCGUCCAACGAGACACAACGAAGUCGUAAACACCGAAUACCGAGUAAUAUAUUGACCCUAGAACAUGACUUAUUACUACUUCUGGUAAAUAUUUAAGGUUUCUUAGUUUCUUCAGGUUACUUUCAUGCUUUUGUUAAAUGCACUUUUAAUGAUAAACUCUUUGAAACAGUUUAAAUAAAACCAGAUAAGUGAGUUAUCUUUCCUUUUCUAACUUUUUUUAAAUGCUUUUUUUUCUUUUUUUACUGGAAGCACCUCAGUCUUCUUCUCCAUCUGUAGCUAGUUAACAGUUAAUCUGAAUGAUUGUAGAUUUUUAUUUUUCAUGGUUCGUGGUUUAUGUUGACUUUUCCAAAGAUAUGCUUAUGAAGUCUAAACCGGGAGAAACUUAUCCAACGUGUUACGAGACGCACAUUAGAUUUUGAAUGUUACCACUAACUUCAUUAAAGGAGAACCUACUUUUUUACACUCACACAAAAGAAAAUGUGUACAACUAAAACCAAUGACUGAUGUUGGUACGAUGAAUGUCUUUUUUUUUUUUUUUUUUUACAUUCAAGCAUCUAUUGCAUAAUAGAGGCCUGACGUGUUGAGAACAGGUGGGACGCAUCAUCAGGCUCUUCCACAGAACAAACAUUCAGGCCCACCUCCUUCUCCUGCCCCACCACCUGGUUAGCUUCAAAGAGGUCAAAAUGACUCUAAUUAUCAACUGUAUAUACUUCUCACCAAUGUGUAUAUUUACUGUUAACAAGUGUCUUUGCUGAAAAUGUCUAAACAUUAGAACCAAAUGAUCUAAUUCUUUAUUUUAUUCAAUGGAAUCCAGAAUGAUUCCUGGAUAUUUCUGUGAAAAUAAACUAUACUGAUUUCUGAUUAAAUGGCACAGUUCUGUGGUUGUUGUUUUUUUUUGUUGCUGUUUAUCAGAUGAUUGUAUAAAGAACCAGAAUGUGUUGGAACAAAUUCUCUCUGUGUGUAUUAUAGUUGUCUGUGAUUGUGGGAUGCAGUAGCCUCUGUUCUCUUAGCCUGUUUAUUUUUGACUGAGUGAUGGCGGCCGGAUAAAUGCUGUCCUGAUGGCAGACCGCCGCAGAGCAGCUGACCGGUGUAGCUGCUCCGGGGUUUCUGGUGUUCAAUGGUUUUACUGUCCGAUGAAGUCAAUAAAUAGUAUUUACCUCA